AUGAUAAAUUUAGAUAUUGAGAAUUUAAACGAUGUCAAUUUAAUUUUAGAAAGAUUAGAAGCACAUGAUAGAUUUAUUGAAGCUAAGAUAGAAUUAUUUGAAGAAAUAGACAAAAUAAAGAAUAAUAAUAAUACUAAUAGAAAAAAUAUAAAUAAAAAAAAAAUUCCUGAAAUAAUAAAUAAAAAGGAAAAAAAAAGUAUUUUAUCAAAUAUAAUUAAUAUAUUAAAUUAUGUUUUUCCUGAUUAUGAAUUUAAGUAUUUAAACAAUUCUAAUUAUAAAUAUAUAAAAAACAUUAACAGUGUAAUAGAUAAUAUUAAUUAUAAUUUAUUUUAUAUAAUUGAAAAUAUAUAUAGAGGGUUUAAUAAAAAAAUAUGGAAAAUAUUAAAAGAAUUAAUUGAUUUUAAAUAUUGUGAUGUUUAUACUUAUUUAAAUGACACUGAUAAUGAUCCUUAUGUUGAUAAAGAAAGUAUAUCAAGCUUUAAUUACUUUUUUUUUGCAAAAAAAAAUAAAAGAAUUUUAUUCAUAUCUUGUAUAACUAAACCAAAAUAUAAAAAUCAUAAUGAUGAAGAUUUUAACAAUAUUUACAUGGGAAUUCAAGAUGAACCUUCUAUAAAUGAGCAGAAUGAAUAUUAUGAUGAAGAUUCAUCAUUUUAUUAA